GCCCUUCGUCGCCGGCCGCACCAUGGUGCGGGGCAGCGGGGCGGUGCUGCGGAAGUACGGCAGCUUCAUCGACGACCUGCGGCUCUACGUGCGUGGCGGCAGCGGCGGCAUGGGCUACCCGCGCCUCGGCGGCGAGGGCGGCCGCGGCGGCRACGUGUGGCUCGUGGCGCACGAGCGCGCCUCGCUGCGCGCCAUCAAGGAGCGCCAUCCCCACAAGCGCUUCGUGGCGGCCAGCGGCGCCAACAGCAGCGUCCGCGCGCUCAAAGGCGAGAAGGGAAGAGACUGCGAAGUGCACGUGCCCCUGGGGAUUUCGGUGCUCUCUGAAGAUGGGAAGCAGAUUGGAGAGCUUAAUACAGCAGGAGAGAGAUGCCUAGUAGCUCGUGGAGGUCUCGGAGGCUCUUUGGMCACAAACUUCCUGCCUUGCAAGGGUCAGAAGCGAAUUGUUCAUCUUGAUUUGAAACUUAUAGCAGAUGUUGGCUUAGUUGGGUUUCCAAAUGCGGGGAAGUCAUCUCUACUAAGCAAGGUCUCUCAUGCCAAACCCCAGAUUGCAGAUUAUGCAUUUACAACAAUAAAGCCUGAACUGGGAAAGAUCAUGUAUGCAGAUUAUAAGCAGAUCUCAGUAGCUGAUCUCCCAGGACUCAUUGAAGGGGCUCAUGCAAACAGAGGAAUGGGCCACAAAUUUCUCAAACACAUAGAAAGAACGAAACAGCUUCUCUUGGUUGUUGAUGUGUCUGGAUUUCGGCUGUCCAUCAAGACUCGUUUCAGAACAGCCUUUGAAACUAUCCUGCUUCUAACAAAGGAACUGGAACUGUACAAAGAAGAACUUCUAAGAAAGCCUGCACUUCUUGCUAUUAAUAAAAUGGAUUUGCCUGAUUCAAAGGAUAACUUGAGUGAACUUAUGCAACAACUACAGAAUCCUCAAGACUUCUUACACUUACUACCAGAAGAAGUGGUUCCUGAAAGUACAAUGAAGUUCAAAGAUAUAAUUCCUGUAUCAACAUWUACUGGCCAAGGAAUUGAGGAACUGAAAACAUGUAUAAGAAAAUCACUAGAUGAAGAAGCAGACAAGGAGAAUGAAGACUAUCAGAAAAAGAAACUACUACUUUUGCAGACUUCAGGAGAAAAACUAAUGAAUAGAGGCUAGCAUUCUUAUGCACUCAGUGGAUAUUACAUUUGUAUUUUACCAUAAAUACARCUACUUAUCAUGAAACAGGCCUUGAUUUCUGAGCUAAGACUACCAUUGCUUGAACUUGUUCAAUUUUAAGACAAAGCUAAAAUGUUGCCAGGUAUGUAAGAAAUGGACAAUGUAAGAUGAAUGUUGCUCUCUAAAAUGUGA